CUUCAACAAUCAGCUCGCUGGCUUAAAAAUCUUUCCACUUUCUCAUUCUCACAACUUUGCUCUUCACUCUCAACUCUCAACUGCCGCCAACUGGUACCAACCAACCACCAACCUCUUCUCCGUUGUACUUUUACGGUAGUGUGUCCCGAGCUUCACAUCAAGCAACCAUGCCUUCGCCACUGCGACCACCAGCAACUCCACCAAGAUCUCAAGGCUUACCGUCAACAUCAUGGAGCAGCUGCACUCCCAAGUUCCUGGUUCUUCAGGCCAUGCUAUGUGGUACCUGUCUUUCUCUCGGAUUCCGGCUGGGCGUCAACUUCCAAUUGCAUGGUUGCUCACCGUCUCAUAAGGAAGAUGCCAUGAAUUCCCCGCCAAUACUUUCGGAGAGAAUAUCCAAUGAAGAAUGCAAUGCCAAAUUUCAACCCAUUGUGGCACAUCGGGAACAAUCGUUGCAACGCUUUCAAGCAGAGUACCGCAAACUACAAAGACUUCACAAUGAAACCGUUGCUGCUACCCCUGGCAGCAAUACCAAUACCAAUACAGCAAACUCAAAAUACAGAUUUGAGAAAGAAGUCGAUGAUUUUGCCGAAGGAAUGACCUACAUUCCAAGAGACGAAUUCAAUAGCCGAUUUGACGUUGGGGUACCCCUGGAUCCCUCCACCAAAUUUAAUGACAAGGUGCUCCUGUUGUACUCGGAUUCCAAAUCACUGCCCUCGGACCCACAAGCCAAAGAAGCCGCUCGUCGAUCGGGGGAUAUUCCCACACUCGGAGUUUUCCGAGCUGUUCACAAUUGCGAUUUUUUGAAUGUGGUGUUUCUCCAACCUGCACGACAAAAACAAUGCACCGCCAUUGUCGGACAAUACGCAUCCUACCAUAUCAGCAAGUACAUGCGAUUACCGGAUAAUGACAAGGGUGGAUACGGACCAUUGGAUUCUUCCGUUCCGUUGCAAUUGGUCAAUCGAGGAGCCCAGCUUUCAGGGCGCAAGUCCACGCGUGUUCCUGCUCCCAAAGACACCCAAAAAUAUUGGAAGACGCUCAAAACAUACCUGGAUACACUGCCAUCUGUCUUGGAGGAACUCAAACCAAUUGCUGCAAAGGUGGCCAAAGAAAACACUGUCGUGGUCAUGCUGGCAAAUCAUGGUCAAUCAGAACUGCUAAUGAACUUUGUCUGCAAUGCAAGAUCCCGAAAUUUGGAUAUUUCCUCGGUCCUUGUCUUUGCCACGGACCAGGAAACCAAAGACCUGGCCGAGGGUAUGGGACUGACAGUCUUUUACGAUGUGACGAACUACGGAAAGUCACCCAAGGGAGCUGCUCGGACAUACGGCGAUGGCGCUUUCACCGCAAUGAUGUUUGCAAAGGUUUAUUGCGUUCAAAUGGUGGCAAGUCUUGGCUAUGAUGUUUUGUUUCAGGACUUGGAUGUUGUUUGGUUUCGAUCUCCUCUGGAAUACUUCCAUGACAAAAACUCUCCAAGCCAUGGAUUUGAUAUCUACUUCCAAGAUGAUGGCAACAGGGCUGUCUUUUAUGCUCCAUACAGUGCCAAUAGUGGCUUCUAUUAUGUCAGAAGCAACGAAGUUACGCAAUACUUUUUCAAUUCACUUCUGAUGUCGGGUGACCUGAUCUACACGUCUCAUAGUCAUCAAAUUGCAUUGAUUGCUAUUUUGUCCGAGUUUGCCUCCAGAUAUGGGAUGAAGGUCAAGGUCUUGUCCAAAGACACUGACGAGUUUCCCGGUGGGCACGCCUUCCAUGCGCCAAAUCGAAAGGAUUUCUUGAAGGAUAUGUUUGCAGGAAAGGUGAAACCUUACAUCUUUCACAUGAGUUGGACGGAGAACAAGGACAACAAAAAGCUCUACUAUCGGCAAAUUGGUGAAUGGUUCGUUCAUGAUAAAUGCAUUGGCGCGACUGCAAAUGAUAUUCUGAGGCAAGAAGUUGCAGGCAACGUGGAGAAGGGUUCAUUGGUGGCUCCGUGUUGUGCUGCCGAGGCUAUCUUUUCCUGUCAUUACAUUGACAAACCCAGUAAGGAACCAUGUCCUGACGCGCCCUAUAUCGAUCCUAACAAGGGGGUUCCCUUUUGGUAGACCGGCCAACCACAUCCAACGAAGGAACCGCCAUAGCGACACCGUACUGUUCAGGAAUUCUAACAAUAUUCAUAACGAAGCUAAGACAAUCCGGUUUCAAGGUAAUACAGAAUUUCAAUUCUCUACCGCAGGAUGGGCA